AUGUACACAUAUGUUCAGGGAUUAUGUAAUCAACUGAAUUCAAAACAAAACAGAACACCAAACGACAAACCCACCCACCAGACCACUUUACAAUCCAUUAGCAGUGGUUUAUUUCUUUUCUUUAAACAAAUACCACACAGCACAAUGAGUAAAGAAAAUGCUCAAUCUGCAAACGAUGAAACAGCUACACUUACGGCUGUCGAUUACAUUCAAAAUCAAGAAGAAUUGGAGAAGGAGGCGAGAGAAUUAAUGCCUUACGAUCCAAAUGAAUGCACGUAUGAAAUGGGAGAAUUACGUCAACCGUUAUUCGCCUGCUUGACAUGUUCAACUGAAAAUGAAAAUCAGCCAAUAGGAGUAUGUUACUCAUGUUCAAUACAGUGUCAUCUGCAGCAUGAGUUGGUUGAAUUGUUUACCAAGAGGUCAUUUGUAUGUGAUUGUGGAACAACAAGAAUGAAGAACACAAAGGACGGUGCUUGUAAAUUACGAAGACACGGGAAAAGGGAACAUAGUGGUCGGAAACUUUCAAAUUCUUCUGCAACACAUUCAACAUAUGUGGAACUAGCAGCUGAAGAUAUUCCUAGCAGUUCAAAUACAUACAAUCAGAAUUUUCAUGGCAGGUUUUGUGGCUGUAAACAAGUCUAUAAUCCUCUAGAAGAAACAGGUCAUAUGAUUCAAUGUUACUUUGGAUUUACUUGUGGGGAAGACUGGUAUCAUGAUAGGUGUAUAAUGGGUAUUACAUUUACUGACGAGAGAGCGACUCAGAAACCUCAGAAUUCGCAGGAAGAAUCAGUACCAGAUGGUACCAAUAUCAAGACUGACAUUUCAACAACACAACUGGAUACAGCUAAUGUUGAUCUGAUUGAGAAACUUCAAUAUUUUCCAAAACUAGAGGCUUUUGAUGAGUUUAUUUGUUGGCGGUGUGUUUCUCUGUUCAAAGAUGUAUUUGAAGAUUUGGAUAAGCACUUUCCUGGUGUUGUAUUGUCAAAAUUACCACGGUUUUCAAACGUUAACACGGUUGAGGACUGGUAUUCUCAGAGGGAAAAACUACUUGAACCAUGCCCAAAAAAAAUCAAAACAGAAGCAAGCUCUGUUACUAUGGGAGAAUUUCAUAAUCAAGAAUAUUCGUUGUUUUUGAGUAACGAUUUCCGAUAUAAAUUGAUGGAUAACUACGAGAGCCUUGAUCAUGAGUCGAAAUUGUACAAAUUUUUGAUUAAUAACUCAUUCCUUUUCAAGGAUGAUCCUAUAUUCAAGCCCCCUGAAGACGAUUCGGAAGACGACUGUUUCUCGUCGACAAAUGUUGGCACUGGACGUGUUUUGGAGUCAUUGCCUCGUGACAAAGCAAUUGAAAGUAUCCAGGCAUACGAUAAGAUAAAAUCUAAAUUGAAAGAUUUUUUUAAACCAUUUGCAGAACAGGGUAAAAUAGUUACUGAAGAGGAAGUAAGGAACUUUUUUGGGCAUAUUGAUGAUAAAAACAACGACUCAGAACAAUGA